UAUCCGGUCGGGCUGAGGAUCAGUUCCGGCUGUGGCGCUGCAUGUUGUUGGUCUCCGGUUCGGUUUCUUUGUCACAAUGUCCCGGGGAUCGAGCGCCGGCUUUGACCGUCACAUCACCAUCUUCUCCCCGGAGGGAAGGUUAUACCAAGUAGAAUAUGCUUUUAAGGCUAUAAACCAAGGUGGCCUCACUUCAGUCGCUGUUCGUGGAAAGGACUGUGCUGUAGUUGUUACACAAAAGAAAGUGCCGGAUAAGCUAUUGGAUGCCAACACAGUCACUCACCUAUUCAGAAUAACUGAAAACAUAGGAUGUGUAAUGACAGGAAUGACAGCGGACAGCAGAUCCCAGGUACAGAGAGCUCGAUAUGAAGCUGCAAAUUGGAAGUACAAAUAUGGCUAUGAUAUCCCAGUGGACAUGUUGUGCAAACGGAUUGCAGAUAUUUCCCAAGUAUAUACACAGAAUGCUGAAAUGAGACCUCUGGGAUGCUGUAUGAUACUGGUGGGUGUUGAUGAAGAACUUGGUGCUCAAGUUUACAAGUGUGACCCUGCUGGUUAUUAUUGUGGGUUCAAGGCCACUGCUGCAGGAGUCAAACAGACAGAAGCCACCAGCUUCUUGGAAAAGAAAGUUAAGAAAAAGCUUGACUGGGUAUAUGCACAAACUGUCGAGACAGCAAUAACCUGCCUGUCCACAGUGCUGUCCAUUGACUUCAAGCCAUCUGAAAUUGAAGUUGGGGUAGUGACAGUGGAUAACCCUAAAUUUAGGAUUCUUUCAGAAGCUGAAAUUGAUGCACAUCUGGUUGCUCUAGCAGAGAGGGACUGAAAUUCCAUAUAGUUCUGUAUUUGUUACAAAGAAAAUGUUAAUGAAAAACUAGAUUGCUGUAACAGAAUGCCAUCUACACUGUAUUUUAAUCUGUACAAAUAAAGCUGAGGUUUUGGAA